GCUCAUUGAUUGGUGCACGUCUCCCGGGCAAGCGCCGGCUCUUCACCCACCUUCUACUGCCUUCAGUACGGUCGCUCGAACUCGCAGCUAUGGCAGGAGCUACCUCACUGGACUCGGUGCGGAGGAAGAUCCAAACCUUGCAGCAGCAGGCCGAUGAGGCAGAGUGCCGAGCCGAGGGGCUGCAGCGGGAGCUGGACACGGAGCGCCAGCUGCGAGAGCAAGCUGAAGGCGAAGUGGCAGGCCUGAACCGCAGGAUCCAGCUGGUUGAGGAGGAGCUCGACCGGGCCCAGGAGCGCCUGGCCACUGCCCUGCAGAAGCUGGAGGAGGCUGAGAAAGCAGCAGAUGAGAGUGAGAGAGGCAUGAAAGUGAUCGAGAGCCGUGCAAUGAAAGACGAGGAGAGGAUGGAGCUUCAGGAGCUCCAGCUGAAGGAGGCAAAGCACAUCGCUGAAGAGGCUGACCGCAAGUAUGAGGAGGUGGCUCGUAAACUGGUCAUCUUAGAAGGAGAGCUGGAGCGUGCCGAAGAACGUGCUGAAGUGGCAGAGAUGAAGUGUAGCGACCUAGAAGAACAGCUGAAAAAUGUCACCAACAACCUCAAGUCACUGGAGGCUCAGUCAGAAAAGUACUCGGAGAAAGAAGAUAAGUAUGAGGAUGAGAUCAAGAUCCUGAGUGACAAACUCAAGGAGGCAGAAACUCGUGCGGAGUUUGCUGAAAGGUCCGUUGCUAAACUGGAAAAGACCAUCGAUGAACUGGAAGAGCAAGUUACUCGAGCAAAAGAAGAGAACAUGGGUAUGCACCAGGUCCUCGAUCAAACUCUACAGGAACUGCACAACUUGUAAAGAGUUCCGCAACAGAACUCCCAGCAUUCAACUAUUCAUGAUUCAACAUCUCCAUAUCGUCCUCUCUCUCAAGUGUCGACUGAGCUCGAUUCACUGAACGUGGACCAAAGUUUUUAAUUUUGUAUUUUGUAGAAUUUUUAUCAUGCUAUUCAGUUCUUUCCUUUCCUUCCCCACCUCCCCCUCUCCCCUCCAUUCACGUGCACACAGUCUCUCUCCUAUUGUUACAUUACGCAGAGCUCUGUAAGUAGUCUCUCUUGGGAUGUGAGGCAGGAGCUACAGGGUUUGGGGUAAAAACCUGCUCCACAUCUUGUUAAACUCUUCAGGUGAAGUCUGUAACCUGAAAUAUCGUUGGCCUGUUGCUCUUUCUGUGUAUUGUGCUGCCAACUAUUAUACUCGCUAGCUUUGUUCUUGGUUUCAGUGGGUGAGGUAGAUCUUGGAUGGUGACUGGCAGUGCAGGCUGUUUCCUCUGGUUCUGGACCUCCUCAACUCUUGCAACUCGUUAUCCAGGUGAACUCCUGUGGGUCAAGGUUACUAGGCUCCCUUCUCACAGUCACCAGGGAAGAAAAACUCAAGUGCCAAAGUUGUUGCUCUUUGACUUGUUCUGCACCACAGUCUAUAAAAUGUAGUCAUUCUACAUCCCCUGUGAUUGGAAGAACCAAAAGUCAAAAUAUUAGAAGUUUGGCUAUGUUCACAUCACAUUCUUUAAAGUAAUCUAUUUCUUUUUCCUGUGUAGGGUAAUCAAAAACACUAGUUAAAAUUAGAGAAAUGCCUUGACCCAUGGUAACUUCACCAGAAUCUUGCAUUCCAGCCCCAAUCCAGUGUCACCUCCACCACUCGAGUGAGUAGUUAUGUACUGCCCUGUGCCAUUGGAUGAAAGGUGACCAUUUACCUUGUAUGCUAUAAUACUUUUGCUCAGUGGGUGAAAGCUUAUUUGCAUUAAAAAAAAGAGGAAAGUAGCUGUUGAUUUAGAUUUGCUGCAGAGUGUGAAAUCGACCACUCACCAGCCCUCAAAGCUGGGACAGUUUGGAAGUUGAGGACAGGUGCCAUCCUGACACCACAGCUUAGGCUGGGCUACAGUUCCUCUUCCUGUAAUUUCCCAUCUGUAAGCAGAUGCAACAAUACAAGUCCAUGCAUGAAGAAUUGUGUUGUCUUCUGUUCAAUGGCCAGUGUCUGUUACAAGCAAGAUUUUAGAGGUUAAUAAGCAACCAUGUCAGGCACUUCAGAAAACCCACAGUUGCUGAAUGUGUUCCCAUCCAGUCUGUUCACUCAGGCAUUGUUCAGCAUGUUUGUGUGUUUAAUCGUGUAUAAAUCACCAAAACAGUCAGUGAUUUGGGUUGCUCUGUAGUCAUGUCUGUUGUCCUAGUAACUUCUUAGCACCUUGUUCAAUGAGCCUUGGUGUUUCAUUCUGGACCAUCUCAUUCUGCUUCAGAGGAAUCAGAAUAUUUGAUCAACUGUGGCCCCAAAACAAAAUCAAAAGCUAUUUUCCCCCUUAGGAAAGUACCAGAAUGCCUCCCCUCAGCAUAAGCUGUGACUAUACAGAUUUUGUUUUUACUGUUUUAAACAAAUCACACAUAUGCUGGACCUUAAACACCAAAACAAGAUGCCAUUUGCAUCAAAAGUGGAUGGCACUGGAUUAAAAUUGGGGAAUGAUGUGAUCUAAAUUUUGCACUGGUGAUGUUGACUGGUUAGCAAAUAAAAUGACUCACUGCUAAAGAAA